CGCGCUCCCGCUGGGGUUGCAGCGCUCUUGCCCUCCCGUGCAGCUCCCCCGAGCCCUGGGGUGCUCCCCCGCGCGCUCCCCGACUUCGUUUCAUGGCUCGACACCUCCUGCAGCAUGAAUUCCCGACUCGUUCCGCUUGUAGGGAGCGAGGACGCGUCCUUCCGCCGCGUCCAUCGCCGUGCUGGUGCCGGCCAGGUUUUAACCACCUUGGUUGGGCAGCGUGGGCUCGUGGAGACCCCGGCACACCGCGUGGCGCCCGGACCCCAGACCUGGCGCUUGUUCCCCGCUCGCAGAUGCAGGAUCGGCUCCCGGGGCAGCGAUGUGCUCCCAUGUCCUGCGGGGCCCUACGGGGCUCCACGUGUGCCUCAGCUCCCCCGGCCGCGGGGCGGGGUCGGCACCGGGCUUCCAAGAGCCGAAGGGUGCCCGAAAUGUGAGCGAGGCUUCGACCAUGAGCUCUGGAAAGUGCUUCGGGCCGGUGCUGCUGGUGCCGUGCUGGUGCUGCUGGUGCCGUGCUGGUGCUGCCGGUGCCGUGCUGGUGCUUCAGGCGUUGAAGCACAAACUCUGGAGACCCCGUGAAGGUGUCGGGAGGAGAUGGGGCACAGGGCACAGCACUCGGAGGACGCCUCCCCUCCUGCCCCCCAGUGGUUUGGUGCCGUGUAAUCGUGGGCGAGCGCCCACUGGGUCGCAGAACAGCGGCGCUCAGAUGCGCAGCUCCCGUUUGUGGAAGUCGGCGCCUCCCUCCCGGGGUCCGCAGGAAGGUUUCUGCCCGUCGGCCGGAGCAGAUGCUGAAGAAGGGACUUCUUUCUCCCCCUCUUGCUGCCAGGGGAGUCUGAGGAAACGCGGCUCGUCCUUUCAUCUCUCGCAGGCUCAGCUCGGCUGUUUGUGGCGGUUAUUUAUUCGCGUUGCGGUGGUGCCUGCAGGGCACGACACGGAUUUAGAUGCUGAACAAAGACGUGGUAAAAGCUGGCCCUGGGUUGGCUCUGAAUUCAAACUUCGUAGGAGUCGCUGGGCAUCAGGAACGCGUUUAAGACGAGCGAUUUCACGUCGCGCUGCUUCGCGUUGCUUUUCCCAUCAAACCAAGUUGUGUCGGUGGCCGGGCACGCUGCGCGUCCCGUCGCGUUGGCGUCAGGAGCACUUCCAGCACGGGAGGAGCUUCUCCCGUGCAGUGAAAAUUAACAAAAAACAAAGGUGGAAAAAAAGCCCUCAUGUUGGAAAAUCAGCCGCCGCUGGUGGAAACAAGGCUUUGGGAGAAGAAGCGGCAGGGACCUUUACAGCGCUUACUCAUCCUGACCCCGAGAGAAGGCUUUGAGCACAGUACCUUAAGGAUGGAUAUAGAAGACUGUAAUGGCCGAUCCUACAUAUCUGGCAGCGGGGAUUCCUCUCUGGAGAAGGAGUUCAGCUCGGCCAUCGUGGGACCCGUGGUGAGCACGCCCAACAGCCAGCACUCCUCCCCGAGCCGCUCACUCAGUGCAAACUCGAUCAAGGUGGAGAUGUACAGCGAUGAGGAAGCCAGCCGGCUGCUGUCACAGGACGAGCGGAUGCUGGAGAAGGAGGACAGCGUCAUCGUGGAGGACUCGCUCUCGGAGCCCCUGGGCUACUGUGACGGGACGGGCCAGGAGCCGCACUCGCCUGGCGGCAUCCGGCUGCCCAACGGCAAGCUGAAAUGCGACAUCUGCGGCAUGGUGUGCAUCGGCCCCAACGUGCUGAUGGUGCACAAGCGCAGCCACACCGGAGAACGGCCGUUCCACUGCAACCAGUGCGGAGCCUCCUUCACUCAGAAGGGAAACCUCCUGCGCCACAUCAAGCUGCACUCCGGCGAGAAGCCCUUCAAAUGUCCCUUCUGCAACUAUGCCUGCCGCCGGCGGGACGCGCUCACCGGCCACCUGCGGACGCACUCCGUCUCCUCCCCCACAGUCGGCAAGCCCUACAAGUGCAACUACUGCGGCCGCAGCUACAAGCAGCAGAGCACGCUGGAGGAGCACAAGGAGCGGUGCCACAACUACCUGCAGAGUCUCAACACUGAACCACAGUCGCUGGCCAGCCAGCAAGGUGACGAGAUGCGAGACCUGGAGAUAGUGCCGGACUCCCUGCUUCACCCCUCGUCCGAUCGGCCGACGUUUAUUGACCGGCUGGCGAACAGCCUCACCAAACGGAAACGAUCGACACCUCAGAAAUUCGUGGGGGAGAAGCAGAUGCGAUUCGCCCUCUCCGACCUCCCCUUUGACGUGAACACCGGCUUCGAGAAGGACAUGGAGAUGGUCUCGGCCCACCACCCCCUGGACCCCUCCUACAGCAGCUCCCUGUCCCUGAUGGGAGGGGAGCACCUGCGCCCACUCCGGCUGCCCCCCACAAACUGCAUCUCGGAGGUCACCCCCGUCAUCAGCUCCGUCUACACCCAGGUCCAGCCCCUGCCGGGCCGCCUGGAGAUGCCGGGGAGCCGGGAAGCCGCCGAGGGGCACGAGGACGUGGCGGACGGGGUGCAGGUGGUGUACCGGGGCCGGGAGCCGGGCGUUUCGCCCAGCAACGGCUGCCAGGACUCCACGGACACGGAGAGCAACCACGAGGAGCGGACGUCGCAGCUGCCGGCGGGGAACUGCGCCAGCAGCCGCCAGAGCCCAGCCUACGCCAAAGAGGACCCCAAGGUGCCGGAGGGGCCCCCGGCCGCCCGCUCCACACCCAGCUCAGCCAAAGACGCCCUGCGCGUGGUCAACGAGGACGGGGAGCAGAUCAGGGCCUUCAAGUGCGAGCACUGCCGCAUCCUCUUCCUGGACCACGUCAUGUUCACCAUCCACAUGGGCUGCCACGGCUUCAGAGACCCUUUCGAAUGCAACAUCUGUGGCUACCACAGCCAGGACCGGUACGAGUUCUCCUCCCACAUAGUGCGGGGCGAGCAUAAAGUCGGCUAAACUCCCCCCCACCCUGAGCCCCCCAGGCCUGACCCCACUCCUCCUCUGUCUCUAGCUCAGCCCCUCCACCCUUAGGGCAUGGAACUGUUGGUUUUUCUUUUAUACUCCUUUGCACUGACUUUGGCUACAAAAAUAUUU